GGGGUAGGGUAUCUGGGGGGAUGGUUUCAGUGCCAACUGAUGAGCUUUCAGCACCAGCGAAAGCCUCCCUCCCCUGGCCCCAGGUGUGUGAGGGGGGCUGCGUAUCAUGGUGCCCUCCCCCACGGGGCAGGAGCCUCCUGGCCAAUGUCACCCCCACGCUCCCUUCCCGAACCCCUGUGGGACGGGACUGCCAUGGCGGGUGAGGGUGCCUUGGCGUGACAGGGGCAAGGUUGUGCAGCUCUGGGCAGUGGCUGGCACCCACUGCCCCCUGGUGCGUAAGGCCCUGAGCAGAGCAGGAGCUAAGAAAAGUGCCCCCCACCCCACCCCACCGCCCGUUCAGGGAACUGACUCGAGUUCAGUUUCCUUCUCCCCCGGGUUUCUGGUGAUGCGGGCGGCAGCUGGCGACGCUGCCCGGCUCUGCCUGUGCACGAGGGGGAGCUGAGACGCCGGGGACGGCCCCACCAUGGCCCAGUGGCAGGAGGUCCAGCAGCUGGAGAAAGCCUACCUGGAGCAGGUGCACAGGCUGUACUCGGAGGACCACCUGCCCAUGGAGGUGCGGCAGUACCUGGCCCCCUGGCUUGAAGACCAGAACUGGAACCGGGCAGCCGAGCCCCCCGCGGCCGAGCCCCACUCUUCCCAGGCCCACAUGCUCUUCCACACCCUGCUGGCCCUGCUGGACGACCAGUACAGCCGCUUCGGGGCCGGCGAGAACGACUUCGUGCUCAAGCACAACCUGCGGAAAUCCAAGCUGAACUUGCAGGCCAGGUACCAGGAGUGCCCGGAGCAGCUGGCCAACGUCAUUGCCAACCUGCUGCGGGAGGAGAAGGCCAUUCUGAGCAGAGGGCUCGCGGCCCAGCAGGCCGCAGCUCAGCCGCCGGCCAGUGCCCCCAUGGAGACGGACCGGCAGCAGAAGAUCGGGCGGCGCCUUGGGGAGGCCAAGGCAGCGGUGCAGGAGCUGGAUCGCGAAGUGCGCCACCUAGAGGAGCUGCAGGACACCUUCGACUUCCGCUAUAAGCUGCACCUGAUGGUUGCGAACGGCGCUCCCCCCAGCCCCGACCUGGCCCGCCAGACGGAACAGCUGCAGGCCAUGCUGAACAACCUGGACCGGAGCCGCAAGUGUCUCUGGCAGGACAUUCUGGCCUGGGCGCAGGAGCUGCUGGGCCGUUGCGAGACGCUGCGGGAUUUCCUGCUGGAGGAGCUGGCCGAGUGGAAGGACCGGCAACGGAGGGCCUGCAUCGGGGCAGCCUGCGACACCAGCCUGAGCUGCCUGGAGACCUGGUUCACGGGGGCGGCCGAGGUGCUUUUCCAGCUCUGGCGCCUCCUGCGAGCCCUGGGUGACCAGCACGUCAAACUCACCUACCUGCACGACCCCCUGGCAGCACAGCGACCCCUGCUGGAGAGCCGGCUGCAGGAGCAGCUCUCCUGCCUCCUGAGGAGUGCCUUUGUGGUGGAAAUCCAGCCCAUCAUGCCAUUCCCCAACCGGAGACCUCUGGUACUGAAAACUGGCAGCAAAUUCUCCGUCCGCGCCAGGCUCCUGGUCAAGCUGCAGGAUCGAAGCCAUCGACUGGAGGUGAAAAUCAUCCUCGACCAGCAUCCCCCUGACGUGAAAGGCUUCCGGAAGUUCAACAUCCUGACGUCCACCAGCAAGACGCUGGUCCAGGACGAUCCGCAGAUGGAGGGGCUGGUCUGCGACUUCCGGCACAUAUCGCUGAAGGACCAGAGGGCCGGGGCCUCGGGCAAAGGCAGCAAAGGUGCCAGCGAGGGCCUGCUUGCCGUCACGGAGGAGCUGCACCUCAUCACGUUCACACUGGACUAUAAGUACCAGGAGCUGGCACUGGAGCUGCAGACAUCCACCCUGCCUGUGGUGAUCAUCUCCAGCAACAACCAGUUCUCCUGCGCCUGGGCCUCCGUGCUCUGGUUCAACAUGCUCAGCCCAGACCCCAAGAACCUGCUGUUCUUCUCCGCGCCGCCGGCCGCCUCCUGGGCCCAGCUGGCCGAGGUGCUGAGCUGGCAGUUCUCAGCCGCCACCGAGCGCGGGCUGGACAAGGAGCAGCUGCACAUGCUGGCGGAAAAGCUCUUUGGGCCGGAAGCCACCCCCGCCAGCACUCUGACCUGGGCCAAGUUUGCCAAGCCUCUCGCCUCCUCUCUGCUGCAGGACAACCCGCCCACCUUCUCCUUCUGGACCUGGCUGGACGGGAUCCUGAACCUGAUCCGAGACCACCUGGCCCAGCUCUGGAAGGAUGGGCACAUCAUGGGCUUCGUGAGCCGCAAGCGGGAGCGGCAGCUGCUGAAGAGAAAGCAGAUGGGCACCUUCCUGCUGCGUUUCAGCCAGAGCAGCCGUGAGGGCGGCAUCACCUGCAGCUGGGUGGAGCCCGGGGAGAAAGGUCAGCCCAAGGUCCGUUCUGUGGAGCCCUACACAAAGGUGGAGCUGACGUCGCUGCCGCUGCCUGACAUCAUCCAUGACUACCAGCUGGUGGCCGCUGAGAACAUCCCCGAGAACCCCCUCAAGUUUCUGUACCCCAGCACGCCCCGGGACGAGGCCUUUGGGAAGUACUACACCGAGAGGAGGGAAGUGGACCUGCUGGAGCAGAGGAAGUACCUGAACCGGAGACUGAUCCGAGUGUCCUCCAGGCAGCCACAUGAGCCCUGGCUCCCGGAGAACAUGGUAGCGGCACCUCCUGCAGCCGAGGGGCUGGCAGCCAGUCACCUGGAGCCGCUGGAGCCGGGGGCCAGUCACCUGGAGCCGCUGGAGCCGGGGGCCAGUCACCUGGAGCCGCUGGAGCCGGGGGCCAGUCACCUGGAGCCGCUGGAGCCGGGGGCCUAUGGACUGGAGCCAGGGGCCUGUGGGCUGGAGGCACUGGGAUUGGGGGCUUAUGAACUGGAGUCACUGGAAGCAGGGGCCAAUUACCUGGAGGCACUGGAGCCAGGGGCCUAUGGGCUGGAGGCACUGGGGUUGGGGGCCUAUGGGCUGGAGGUGCUGGAGCCGGGACCCAGUCAGCCGGAGGUGCUGGAGCCGGGACCCGAUCAGCCGGAGGUGCUGGAGCCGGGGGCCAGUCAGCUGGAGUUGCUGGAGCCGGGGGCCAGUACUCAAGAGGUGCUGGAGGCACUAAAGCAGGAACUGGACCUGUUGAGCUUUGAUCAGGCUGGCUCCAACGUGCUUCGAGGCGGAGACCCCUACCUGCCCCCGCCAGCCGAUGUGCCCCCCCCUGUGCUGCCUGGCAGCGCCUUGUUCGUGGGGGCCAAUGACCUCCCCCCACUCCACGUCGACUCCAAGGACUUCCAGUGACAGCGUCUGCCCCUUGCUGGGGGGGCUCAGAGGCCGGGGCCUGUUCCCCAGGCCCCCCUGUGUAUUGGGGGUGGCCCUGGCUUUACCCUCUCCCUGUCUUCCGGGUAGGCCCUGGGCCAUCUGUGGUCCCUGGAGCCUGGAGCGGGGGGUUCUCGAGCUUUCCUGUCCUUAAUGGUGGAGGUGCAGGUGGCUCCCCCGGGGGUGAGACGAACUCUCUCUCUCUCUCUCUCUCUUGUAAAUAAACCUCCCCCCCUAGCUCGCUGUGGUGCUGUUUGGGGGGGGCUCCAUGGUGUCUCCUGGGGGGAUCCCCUGAACUAUUCGUCCCCCUUGUGUGGGGGCCAUGUGCGGGCUGCACCUCCUGCUGCCCCGGGGCUGUUGUGCUCUGGCUGGCCACCAGAGGGCACCACACCCUCUCCUACUGUCCGUGCCCUUCUCCCUUUCCCCCCAGGGGUUGCGGGGGGGGGUCCCCCCACCUGGAGGGGAGCCCCUGGGCCUUCGCCCAAGCGGAACUCUGCUCCCCCCAGGCCAGG